AUGUUGGAUACUAAACAACCCGAUACAGCGGAUAUCAUUAGUUUGGAGAAAGCUGAGAUUGGUGAUGCGGGAGAAAAAAAGACUGAUAGCACGGCAACAAUUCCAACCCUAACAGCAGAUCUACCCGAAGUAGUCGAUCAAGCCUCCUCAAACGCCGAACUUGACCUCAGCAAAAGUGAUGCCUGUAGUGGCGACAAUAGCAGCAAUGACCAUAACGCGGGCGAUGUGGAUGACGAACAAGGUUCUGACCCGGAGGAUGAAGCGACUGACACGGACGACGACGACUUCGGCGCCGCCGAGGUGUUCCCCUCCCCCCGCAACCCCAAGGACGCGGGCCGGGCGCUGGUGAUCAAGAACAGGCCCUACCCCCCCUCCAGCUGGGUCCAUAACCAGGGCUAUACGGCGGCCCAGGGCCGGCUUGCUGGGAACCCCAAGGCGAGUUUCGGCCUCUGUGCGGUGGCACGGCCGCACAACAUCCUCCGCUGUGGGGCGUUGCACCUGAACAACCGGGGCAUCCUGAUUGGGGAUCGCUAUGUGCGGCUGCACAUGCUUCGCGACGGGGCCGGGAAGACGGCGCUUUUGGAGAAUCCCGGCCGGGCUUUGAAGAUGGAGUGCUGCCAGGAAGGCCACGAAGAUGCCGCUACGACGACCUGCACGAAGCUUCAUCUCGUCCCCAACCUCGUGUUUAUUGGAGUUCCGGGCCUACGGACGGCCUACUACGAGAACGAGCUCCAUCAAAACUUGGCGUUCACUAGACUUAAACAGCAGUCGUUGGAGGUACAGUGUGGGGCGUGGUGUCGGACAAAACGCUCGCACGUUAUUACCACCUGUCCUUUUCUUCAUUAUCAACGAGGGAGUGCGUACACUGAGAAGCCAAAGCCGCCCUCACGCCCUCUCGCUCUCAUUCCCGACCUUACGCCAAAAUAUCCCACAAAGGCAACAAUCACCGCGAAGUCUCUCGAAUAUGGCAUUCCGUUACCAGUGAUCGCUGGGAAAGAUGACAGCCAUAAAAAAACAAAGAAGCAUCGAGGCCGCGGCGGCAAUUACCCCAUCCCACUUCCCGAAUUUGUUCGUGGUCAUCGUCGGAAUAAUAAGGAUGGCGUUAGUCCACCAACUGUUGAAAAUUAUCAACCCAAUCCCCUGGUUCACACGACAAAGACGGAUCCUGUGAGCGAACUUCACGACACGCAAGCAUAUCUCGAAGAAAAUAAAGAGAUACAGGAAAAUAGGAGUAGUCUCUUAAUGAUGUUGCUUAUUUUGUUGGUUAUACUCUUCCUAUUGUUGGUCUAUACAGUCAAGAAACCCUUUGAUCUGUAA